AUGGCGGCUCUGCAAAAGUUGCCACACCGCGGAAAACUGGUCCUGCUGUGCAUUCUUUUGGCGGCUCUGUGGGAGGCCGGAGCUGGACAAAUGCGCUAUUCUGUGCCAGAAGAGGUGGAAAAAGGCUCCUUCGUGGGCAACAUCGCCAAGGACUUGGGUUUGGAGCCCGUAGCGCUGGCAGAGCGUGGGGUCCGCAUCGUCUCCAGAGGUAGGACGCAACUCUUUGCUCUGAACUCUCGAAGUGGGAGCUUGAUCACCGCGGGCAGAGUAGACCGGGAGGAGCUCUGCGCUCAGAGCACGCGGUGUCUGGUGAAUUUUAACAUACUCCUGGAAGAUAAAUUGAAUAUUUAUUCAGUAGAGGUAGAAAUAAGAGAUAUUAAUGAUAAUGCCCCUCGCUUUGGAGUAGAGGAACUGGAGCUAAAAAUCAGUGAAAUGACUACGCCAGGGUUCCGGAUUCCUCUUAAGAGUGCGCAUGAUGCAGACAUAGUAGAAAACACCCUCCAGAAGUACGAACUCAACCCAAAUGACCACUUCUCCCUGGAUGUGCGAAGCGGAGUGGAUGGUAACAAGUACCCGGAGCUGGUGCUGGAGCGCGCCCUGGACCGCGAGGAAGAGGCGGUUCACCACCUCGUUCUCCUGGCUUUCGAUGGGGGCGACCCGAUCCGAUCUGGCACCUCCCGCAUCCGCGUGGUGGUCCAGGACGUAAACGACAACGCGCCUGUUUUUACACAGUCCGAGUACCGUGUAAGUGUUCUGGAAAAUAUCCCCCUAGGCACGCGGAUACUCACAGUGACCGCCACUGACGCAGAUGAGGGAUACAACGCUCAAGUGGAAUAUUUUCAAGAGAAAACCCCUGGAGAAUCCUCAGAGGUAUUUGAGCUUAAGUCGACAUCUGGAGACAUAACAAUCAUAAAAAGUCUAGAUUAUGAGGAAGCCAAAUUCCAUGAAAUUGAUAUUGAAGCUCAGGAUGGUCCGGGCCUUCUGACCAGAACGAAGGUUAUUGUCACAGUUCUAGAUGUGAAUGACAAUGCCCCAGAAUUUUACAUGACCUCUGCUACUAGCUCAGUUCCUGAAGAUUCUCCUCCAGGAACCGUAAUUGCACUUUUCAAUGUACAUGACAGAGACUCUGGACAGAAUGCAUUUAUCACAUGUUCACUCUCGGAGAAUCUUCCUUUCAAGUUAGAAAGGUCAGUGGACAAUUACCACCGACUGGUUACAACCAGAGCCCUUGAUAGGGAACAGUUUUCCUCUUACAACAUCACUGUGACCGCUAAAGAUGGAGGGAACCCGUCUCUGUCCACGGAUGCUCACGUUUUGCUGCAGGUGGCAGACAUCAACGACAACCCGCCCACCUUCCCCCACAUGUCCUACUCGGCCUACAUUCCAGAAAACAACCCCAGAGGGACCUCCAUCAUUUCCAUGAAGGCCCAUGACCCCGACAGUGAUGACAAUGCCCAUGUAACUUAUUCCUUGACUCAGGACACCCUUCAGGGGGCACCUCUAUCCUCUUACAUCUCCAUUAACUCCGACACUGGUGUCCUCUAUGCGCUGCACUCCUUUGACUACGAGCAGUUCCGUCACCUGCAGCUGUGGGUUAUAGCUCGGGACAAUGGGAAGCCACCGCUCAGCAGCAACGUGUCGCUGAGCCUGUUUGUACUGGACCAGAACGAUAACGCACCCGAGAUCCUGUACCCCACCCUCCCCACCGACGGUUCCACUGGCGUGGAGCUGGCACCCCGCUCCGCAGAGCCAGGCUACCUAGUGACCAAGGUGGUGGCAGUGGACCAAGACUCAGGCCAGAACGCCUGGCUGUCCUACCGCCUGCUCAAGGCCAGUGAGCCAGGGCUCUUCACGGUGGGGCUGCACACGGGCGAGGUGCGCACGGCACGGGCCCUUCUGGACAGAGAUGCACUCAAGCAGAGCCUGGUGGUGUCCGUCCAGGACCAUGGCCAGCCCCCUCUCUCAGCCACUGUGACUCUCACCGUGGCCGUGGCUGACAGCAUUUCAGACGUCUUGGCUGACCUGGGCAGCCUCAAUCCCUCUGCCAACCCGGGUGAUUCAGACCUCACGCUGUACCUGGUGGUGGCAGUGGCGGCAGUCUCCUGCGUCUUCCUCGCCUUUGUCAUCGUGCUGCUGGCGCUCAGACUGCGGCGCUGGCACAUGUCGCGCCUGCUCCAGGCUUCAGGAAGCGGGUUGGGGGGAGUGCCCGCCUCACACUUUGUGGGCGUGGAUGGGGUGCGUGCUUUCCUGCAGACCUAUUCCCACGAGGUCUCCCUCACCGCGGACUCGCGGAAGAGUCACCUGAUCUUCCCCCAGCCCAACUACGCGGACACGCUCCUCAGCCAGGAGAGCUGCGAGAAAAAGGAUUUUCUAUCAGCACCUCAGUCUUUACUUGAAGAUAAAGGAGAAGAAACAUUUUCUCAGGUAAACUCUCUUCACAAUAUAUUUAUCAGCUAUUGCUAA